AUGUCGGUCAUCGCGCACGUCGAUCAUGGAAAGUCCACACUUACCGAUUCCCUGAUAUCUAAAGCCGGUAUUAUCGCUUCUGCGAAAGCUGGUGAAACUCGUUAUACUGAUGUUCGUAAAGACGAACAAGAUCGAUGUAUUACAAUAAAAUCCACGGCUAUUUCAAUGUACUUUGAAUUGAGUGAAGAAAAUCUACACGAUAUAAAACAGGAGAUCGAUGGUAAUGAAUUCUUGAUCAACCUAAUCGAUUCCCCCGGACACGUUGAUUUCUCUUCAGAAGUUACUGCUGCUCUCCGUGUUACUGAUGGAGCCCUAGUUGUAGUAGAUUGUGUUGAAGGUGUUUGUGUGCAGACUGAAACUGUCCUACGUCAGGCUCUCGCUGAACGUAUUAAGCCAGUAGUUAUCAUUAAUAAGGUUGAUCGUGCUUUAUUAGAGUUACAACUUCCAAAAGAAGACUUGUAUACUACAUUUCAACGAACUAUCGAGUCUGUAAAUGUUAUUAUCUCAACGUAUAGUGACAAAUAUUUGGGUGAAAUUCAAGUUGACCCAGAAAAGGGUACUGUUGCUUUCGGUUCUGGUCUUCAUGGUUGGGCUUUUACCUUACGUCAGUUUGCUCGACGUUAUUCUAAAAAAUUUGGUGUUAAUAAAGAUAAAAUGAUGCAAAAACUUUGGGGUGAAAAUUAUUUUAAUCCUGCUACAAAGAAAUGGUCUACAAAACCAUUUACUCCUGAAAGAAAACCUCUUGAACGUGCUUUUUGUUCACUUGUCUUGGAUCCUAUAUUUAAAUUAUUUGAUGCUAUCAUGAAUUUUAAAAAGGACACCGUUGAUAUGAUGCUAGAAAAAUUGGAAAUUAAACUUAAUAGCGAAGAAAAAGAAAAGAAUGGAAAAGCUCUCUUAAAAAUUGUUAUGCGUAAAUUUUUACCUGCUGCUGAUGCCUUACUUGAAAUGAUAGUUAUUCAUCUUCCAUCUCCUUUGACCGCUCAAAAAUAUCGUGCUGAAAUGCUGUAUGAAGGUCCUGCUGAUGAUGAAUGCGCUGUUGGUAUCCGUAAUUGUGAUCCUAAUGCACCCCUUAUGUUAUACGUAUCUAAAAUGGUACCGACUUCUGAUAAAGGUCGUUUCUAUGCACUUGGUCGUGUAUUUUCUGGUACUGUUCGUUCUGGUCUCAAAGUCCGUAUUCAAGGUCCAAAUUAUCAACCUGGAAAAAAAGAUGAUUUGACUGUAAAGCCCAUUCAACGUACUGUUCUCAUGAUGGGUCGUUACAUUGAGCCCAUUGAUGAUUGCCCGGCCGGUAAUAUUAUUGCCAUUGUUGGUGUUGAUCAAUAUUUACUUAAAUCCGGAACAAUCACAACUUCUGAAACUGCACAUAAUUUAAAGAUUAUGAAAUUUUCUGUUUCACCUGUUGUACAAGUUGCUGUUGAUGUGAAGAACGCAAAUGAUUUACCAAAAUUAGUAGAAGGAUUAAAACGACUUUCUAAAGCAGAUCCUUGCGUUCAAUGUUAUAUAUCUGAAUCUGGUGAACAUAUUGUAGCAGGUGCUGGUGAAUUGCAUUUAGAAAUUUGUUUAAAAGAUUUGGAAGAGGAUCAUGCUCAAGUCCCAAUCAAGACUGGUGAUCCUGUGGUAUCAUACCGUGAAACUGUUCGAGCUGAAUCAACUGCUACUGCUCUAUCUAAAUCUCCUAAUAAACAUAAUCGUUUAUAUAUGAAAGCUUAUCCAAUGGAUGAAGAACUUUCUGCUAGUAUAGAAUCCGGAAAAAUUACACCACAUGAUGAGUUCAAAGCGCGUGCUCGUGUCCUCGCCGACGAAUUUGGCUGGGAUAUAACUGAUGCUCGUAAAAUUUGGUGUUUCGGUCCAGACUCUAUUGGGCCAAACUUGUUAGUAGAUGUAACUAAAGGUGUUCAAUAUCUUAAUGAAAUUAAGGAUUCUUGCGUCGCUGCUUUCCAAUGGACUACAAAGGAAGGUGUUUGUGCAGAAGAAAAUAUGCGUUCUUGUCGACUUAAUAUUAUUGAUGUAGUGUUGCAUAGAGAUUCUGUUCAUCGUGGAGGUGGUCAAAUAAUUCCUACUUGUCGCCGUGCAAUCUAUGCGGCAUGUUUGACCGCAAAUCCUGGUAUUUUGGAACCGGUCUAUCUUGUUGAAAUUCAAUGCCCAGAACAAGCUUUGGGUGGUGUUUAUAAUGUAUUGAACAAACGUCGUGGUAAUGUCAUUGUUGAAGAACAACGUCUUGGUACUCCAUUGUUUAGUAUAAAGGCUUAUUUGCCUGUAAAUGAGUCGUUUGGUUUUGCAGCUGUCCUACGAUCAACUACUGGUGGUCAGGCGUUUCCUCAAAGCAUAUUUUCGCAUUGGCAAUUAAUGAAUGGUUCACCAUUAGAACCUGGAAAAGUUUCCGAUAUUGUAAAAGCCAUAAGGAAAAGGAAAGGUCUUUCCGAAGAAAUUCCGACUCUUGACAGAUACAUGGAUAAAUUAUGA